AUGCCCUUCCUCUGGGAACUGUCCCACCUCAGAGCUGUGUGGUUCCUGGGCUUCAGAGUCCCACGAUACCCUCCCAUCCGAACAGAAACGCACAGUUCUCUGGACUAUUUCGUCAUUGGCACUAACUACUACACAGCAGGGCAUGAGUUGGUAAGCCUAGAAUCCAGAGAGCAGGCAGGGGACCUCCUGGAAAGGGUGAGAAAACUGACUUCACUUGCUGCAGUUUUGGGUCUAUGUGUCACCAUAACCCUCAAGCUAAAACACCCGGAUCAUGCCAGCCAGGGAAAAAGCAUCGAGCAUGGCUAUGGUCUUCAUACUCAGAGCACGUUUGCUGAGGUUACUUCUAUCAGAAUAUUUCAUGACAGGAACAGGAAACGUAACGAAAGCCAAGUCCUGGUUUUCUUUUUCCUGACUAUUCUCAGAGAACCACUUGGCAUGCUAAGGAAGGGUUCUUCUCUGAGACUCUGGAGAAAAGACCUCCAAGUAAAGACACCUCUACCUUGGAUGCAGGACUUUACGAAUGCUAGCCCCAACAGGACCUUGUUCUCUUCAGUUUCAGAAAAUACCAAGGUUGACCAGCCUGCCUCCAGUCUCAGAAGAAGGAGGCCUUCUACAUGUGCCAAGCCCUGAGUCCCACCCUACCUCUUCUCCUUCUACUUCAUCUUGCUUGCACCCAUCGGGAGGGAAUUUAUCAAUGGAGAUUUGAGAUCCAGGAAGCCUAUACCCAGCAGUUUAACAAGACCAUUCAUGGGUGAGGUCAGAAGACUGCCCACCAGCAGGUUGCCAAAAGGAGAUACUUAUUUCCUAUAACGCCUAAAUGAACUGCUACAACAC